CCAAUCCGUGACGCCCCGUGGACCAGCAACGGCUUUCCCUCAUUUGCUGGCGUCCACGUGCCUUCAGGAGGGUCGCGGGUGUUAAUCUCAGUCUUGCCAGUCCUCCAGUCCCGUCGAGGUGCCUUUCUUAGCGCGUACUUGGCCCUGACAGUGAGUGCCUGAAGACUGAGUGACCAUGGCCCGCGUGGGUGUGCUGCUGCUGCUGGUGCUGCUGUGUGGUAUGGCCUCCUUCGUGGCCUCCCAAGACGCCCCCGCCGCCCCCCCCAACACCACGGCCCUGCAGCUGCAGACGCCCGGGGUCCUGGAGCGGCUGAUGGAGACGUACGUGUACCCGCUAAGGGAGUACGACUGGCGGACGGCCUUCAGGAAUCUGGUGGACUCCGUCGUGACCUACAUGACGCCGGAGACCAAGCAACCCAAGUCCGGACACCCGCUCUGGAACAUCCUGGAGAACUGGACCGACACGCCGGCUUUCCGCAUGAUCGAGGACCAGGCGCGAUUCUUGCUGGGGCCGCUGAAGGGCUCCGCUCCUGACCUAAACGACAGCGUGCCGCCCGAUCUCGCGGCCCACGCCUACGACUACCUGGCCCUGCUGUGGCUGUUCACCGGCCUCACCAUCCUCGGCGCCCUCGUCCCGCUCUACAAGUACAUCCCCGAGGAGGAGCUGCUCUACCCCGAGUACGAGUUUGAGGAGGAGCCGGCAAAGGCCCCAGCCCCGGCAGGAAUGGGGGCAGGAAUGGGGGCAGGAAUGGGGGCAGGAAUGGGAGCAGGAAUGAAGCCAGGAAUGGGGGCAGGAAAGGGGACAGGAAUGGAGGCAGGAAUGGGGGCAGGAAAGGGGGCAGGAAUGGAGGCAGGAAUGGGGGCAGGAAUGGGGGCAGGAAUGGAGGCAGGAAUGGGGGCAGGAAUGGGGGACGCGAUGGGCAUGAUGGCCGAAGGGGGCGGGUCGGUUGACGGGGCUGAUGCAAGUGAGGACGACUACCAGCCAGGCAACUACAUCUUCUACGACUACCGGGACGGUGGCGUGGUGCCCUCCCUCCAGCCCGGCCAGAGCUACGACUACUACGACUACGGUGCUCGGGACUUCGGCGGCGCAGGCAAGCGGAAAGACACCAUCGGCUACCCUGCGCCGCACCACCUGUGGCACCACAUCGUCGGCCAGAAGCACCAGGGUGGCAAUGCGCACUCCCGCCGCUAGAGCCGCCACCCGCCACGCCCGCGCCGAGGCUCUGCAGGACGGAGCGCGGCGCCCCUCAGACACACACUAAGGUACAAAGACUGCGUGGCGGCGACGUGGAGUCUUGAGAGUCACGCUGAAAUUUGGGGUCACGGCUGCGGGUCGGCCGUGAGUCAGGCAACAGGUGUAGUCCUUGUGUAGUGCUUCUGUUUAUCGUAGUUAAUUCAUUCAUUAGUUAUCUAUUAAUAAUUUAUUUAGUCAUUCAUUCACUCAUUCAUUCCUCUUGUUGAUUUCUUUCCCAUCCCUGUGUAUUGAGGGCGUUGAGGCUGUGCCGAUGUUCAUAAUGUUGUUGUUGUUGUUGUUGUUGUUUUGUUGUUGUAAUAUUUUGUAAUAAACUGUUGAUGAUGCAUAACCCAGUGUGGUGGAGACCCAAGGAGUAACAGGAACAGCUCUGCGCUGAAUUAAGACUCUACAGUUCUAUGUCCUUCCAUCUGUCUUCCUUGCCUUCUUUCCUUUCUUCUUCAUUUUCAUCCUCUUUUUGCUCCUCCCCUCUUCCUUUCUCCCUCUCCUCUUUUUUCCCUCCUGCUCCCCUUGUUCUUCAGUCAUGGGGGAACUGCCACUUCUCGAUG